AUGACUGUGAUGGGGCCAGGCUGUCAAGAGCAAGCUGAGAUUCGAGCAGAGGAUGCCGGAUCUUGCCAGCAAUCCUGUCAGCGUUACCUCUUUCCCUCCAUCCAGACCUCAGUGUCUCUGGGGCUGUGGAUGGAUCUUGUCUGCUCUGUACAGGAAAAGAUCAUGUCUUGGCUACUGCAGCAUGAACUACUGAGUCUUCUACCUCGAAGGAAGGUCAUGACAUUGGAAGAGGGCUUUGGAGGAGGAGGAAGACUUACCUUGGACAUUGCUCAAAGCUGUUCGGUAAUGCGUUGCUGCAACUGCUCAACAAGAAGCUUCCCUAAAGCUGUUGCUGAUUCAUUUCCAAAGACAAAACAACUGUCUUUCCUCUACUUGUGGCUCAGGAGCCACUACGUUACUUGCCCUCCAUAG